CUAAAUCAUUUGCCGCAUAAAAACGCGCUUCUUCGUCUACGUAUGUUUUUGUUUUGUUAAGAAUUUGAAAUAAAUCGUUGAAAAUGAAUGAUGAUACGGUGCCACAAUUUGAACUGGGCGACGCUCUCGCAAUGCGUUGCGGCAACACACUCACCGCAAGUUUUGUUCCCGGCAGCUCAAAAAUCGCAAUGUCCGCCUACCGGCCAGUCAAAUGGAGCACGCGCGACACGCCCAGCGAUACGGCUGGCCAGGAUCCAGUGCUGAUCUAUAUGGCUGAGGAGACGACGCUCUAUACAGAGCCGUUGCUUCGUAGUUUGCUGGCGGAGACAAAUGCCACAUUUGAGACACUGCAAACUUUGGGCCAGGCACCGAACGGAGUCAAGAAAACGGCGGAAUAUAUGAAAAUAUCACGCACAUAUCGCAGUAUAAUUCGUUGUUGUGUGGAGAAACUUGAACAUGCCAAGAAGAUGCCCGAGGUGCAAGAGGAUGAAUUAAAGGAGCAACGUUAUACAGAGGCAAUUAUGACAUUUUAUGCGAUUGAGUGCCUGUGGCAUCUCUUUGAAAUACUCUACAUGCAGCAGCAGCACAAUCAGAUGAUUGUACCGCAGCUGCUCGAAUGGACGCGCUUUCAUUAUCCACACACAGAGGAUAGGGCAACCGAUCUACUAUUGAUGGCCGAGGAAGCCAGCGAAUGCGACAGCUACUGGGACACGUUGAAGAAGCUGAUUAUGCUCGGCCAGCUGGAUGUGACGCGUGCCAUACUCUCGCAGCAUCGCAAGUCCAAUCAGGCUGCCUUUCAAGCCGCCGAAGCAAUCCUUAAAGCGAUGCCCAUCUAUCAGGAUGGCUAUGCCUUGCAAAAGUUUUGUUCACAGUGGGAAUAUUGGCAUGUGGACUUGGAGCGUAAACUAGCGUCACAUGUAUUUGCCGCUGAGCCAGAGCUUGAGCUGCUUAUGCGGCUCGUCAAGGGCAACAACGAGUCCUGGGAUGCAGAACUAUUAAGUUCUCAGGACUGGUAUGAGUAUCUUCCCGGCUAUCUACUGUAUACCAGACCCACCUGCAAGCCCUUUGAGCUGCGGAUUGCCGUCACCAACUGGCUGAAUCGCUGGUCACAGCUGCGUCCCAACUGGCAGAUGACACAAUUGAGUCGCAUGGUCAUGCAACUGAUGGAACACGAUGUCAAGCUCUUCAUCUAUGAUGCACAGAAGCUCAACGACAGCCAUUGGUUUGCCACGCAUCUCAUUGAUCUCAUCUAUCACACGGGUCACCUCAAAUCCUACUUCGAGCAGCAGAAUGUCGAUCUGGCGGCUUUAAGACAUUCAAUGAUCUUCGAGUAUGGCAGCUACUUGAUGACUUCGCACAAUCUCUGGCAGCUGGGCAUUGAUUACUUGGAUUGCUGCGAGCAUGAAGGAACUGCCGCCAUUGAACUCCUGCUGCCACGCAUUCCAUUACGAAAUGAACGUCAGGCUUUCAAGAUCUUGGCAUUGGCCAAGAGGCGAGGCCUGGUUAAUGUGGAGCAGGACAUCUGCAAGGUGCUAUCGAAGCGCGCCUACAAUGAUCAGCGCUAUGGCAGCGCUCUCGAGUGGGCAAUACGCUCCAAGGAUGUUCUCUUGGUCACAGCCAUAGCCGACUUUAUACUGAAGCACUAUUCAAAAACGGGCAUUAUGCUCUGCCAGGAUGUAAUCACGAGCAUUGGAGCACGCAUGUUUGUCUCACCCCGUUUGGUAUUUCUCUCCAAAUACUACGAGUUCUAUGAUUUUUAUCGCCAGCGCGACUUUUUGUCCGGCGCCGAGUUACUUAUAAAUCUCUUGGCUUCCAAAAUAACGCCCGAUUACUUCUGGCCAUCGUUGUUGAUUGAUGCAUUGCCAUUGCUGGAGUCGGAAGAUCCCAAGAUAUUCUCCAAGGAAACGAUUGCCAUACUGCAGCAUCUGGAAAUGGAGCUAGUGCCGUUGAUAGAGCGCAACAAACUCAACACUGCCAAAUUCAACAAUCAAACAUCGAAAACCGUUUUUAAGGAUUAUCGUGUGGAGAAUGUCGAGGAAAUUCUAGAUUUAAUGCGUUUGGCAUGUGCUCGCAACUUGGCAAGAGCUUUGAUCAUUGAGAAUACAGCGCCCACAUCGUGAUUUGAAAUCAUUUCUUUGUUUAUAGUGUAAUUUAUUGUGUAUUUUCGCUUUUCAAUACAUCGAUCGUAAUUGCAAUCUUAA